AGAUUAUGACGCGCGCGGAUCAGUCGAGCGCCCCCGAUGACGCUGAUUCCCACGCCGUGCUGCACAAGUUUGCGCCGCUGCUGUCGCUGUUGCGUGAGAAGAUGCUGGCGCUUCCACCAUACAUGACGCAAGCACCCACAUCCUCAUCGUCCACACACACAUCCACGUCAGGCUCAACUGCUGCAAAGACUCGACAGGACCAAUCGCAGAGCGCGAGUGCAGAGGAGAAAUACGUGGAGGAGCUACGACCACACGCGUUUCGAAUGGUGCAGAUGGAUUACUCGUCCCAUCUCUACAAGAGAUACAUUGAUGAGUCUGCAAACGCCAAUGUCAGUCGCCAGCGCAUGUCACGCAUUUUGAAGGAAGUGGCGUCCCUCACCACCAGCAUGCCCGUCCAUUUUGCAUCCUCCAUCUGCGUUCGGGUCGACGAGACGCGCCCCGAUGUGAUCAAGGCGAUGAUCACGGGGCCCGAGGACACGCCGUAUGCCAACGGGUGCUUCAUCUUCGACAUUUUCCUGCCGCAGCAGUACCCAGCUGUUCCGCCAAUGGUUUCGCUCAUCACCACAGACGGCGGCCGUGUCCGCUUUGGCCCCAACCUGUACAACACGGGCAAAGUGUGCCUGUCACUGCUUGGAACGUGGUCUGGCCCCGGCUGGGACCCGAAAGUGUGCACGGUGCUUCAGGUGCUUGUAUCCAUUCAGUCGCUGAUUCUGAACGAGCAGCCCUUUUUCAACGAGCCCGGGUAUGAGUUUUCAACGCAGACCCCGGAUAGCGAACUCUACAACACAUGCGUCUCCUACCAGGCGUUGUUCUCAUAA